GAUCGGGAGUGGGCUGCGAGGUUAUCAUUUCCAAAAUAAGUUUGUAACGAUGCACUGUCAAAAGACCUCGGGCAUUUUGUGGCAGUAUACACAAAGAGUCGCCAGAUUAAGAUGCACUUCAAAAAAAUACUCGUGUGUUGUGUCGUCUUUCUUGCCCGACCAACAGCUUCCUUCUGGCAAUCUUGUCAGUCACGUGUUUGCAGACGCUGCCAAAUGGAAUGACAGAAUUGCGACCGAGUGCGCGUCGACGGGGCGGCGGUACACCUAUGCGCAGUUGCUGGACCGCGUGGCUCGCUGGUCUGGCAUGCUGAGGGAGCUGGGCGUCGGCAGGGGAGACGUGGUCGCGGUGGCCCUGCCCAACUGCCCCGAGUACCCCAUCGUGUACUUCGGCACCCUCGCCCUCGGAGCCACCGUCACCCCGGUUAAUAUCACGUAUACCGCAGAGGAAAUCGCUCGCCAGCUGAAGGACAGCAACACCAAAGUCCUCGUGGGAGACGCCCUUCUCUCCCCGACCCUCGGCGCUGCCCUCGACCUGUACCGGAAGCCUACGCCUCUGGUCACGAACGGCCAUGCCUCGAGCCCCGAGUCCAUCAGCCUCCGACAGGUCCUGGAGGAUCCUUCCGUCCCCUUCGUGGAUCCUGUUGAAUUAACCGGGAAAGAGACCGCCAUGCUGCCAUAUUCGAGCGGCACGACAGGGAAUCCAAAGGGCGUGAUAGUGAGCCACAAUUCACUCUCAGCCAACAUGACGAUCUUCCGCCAACUCUCCUCGGUUGAACAAACCACGGAGUACACAGAAAUUAGAAGACACAAGAGACAGAUCAAGAGCGAAGAGAAGAUGGAGCACGCAGCAAGACAUAUCCCUCGCUGUUGUGCCCUUCUCCCAUAUGUUUGGGUUCGGGUGUGCGGGCAUGACUACCUCCUGCGGGAUGGGGCGAAGGUCGUCACUGCGCCCAGGUUCGACUCCAAGACCUUUGUAGACUCCAUUUCUAAACACAAGGUGACGCUGCUCUAUUCGGUGCCUCCGAUUCUGAACUUCCUGAAGGUGUCCCCAGCGGCGACGCCGGAGGCGCUCGGCACACUCAGAGCCAUCGUGAAUUCCGCCGCCCCGGCGGCCCCCUCGACUGUCGACGCCCUCAUGGACAAGCUCAGCCCAACGGCGGGCUUCCAAGAUGGUUACGGCAUGACGGAAUGCAACUUCUUAACGAUGGUUCCGUUCGGCGAAACUCGUUCGGGAACCAUCGGGAAACUGCUUCCCAACGUGAAAGCCAAGGUCAUUGAUACGGCCACAGGGGAGCCACUCGGCCCGCUGGCUGAUGGAGAGCUGUGCUUCAAAACGCCGUCGGUGAUGGAUGGCUACUACAACAACGCCGCCGCCACCGCCGAGGCCGUCGACGAGGAGGGCUGGCUCCACUCCGGCGACGUCGGCCGCUACGACGAGGACGGCUUCUUGGCCAUCGUGGGUCGAACCAAGGAGCUCAUCAAGGUCAAGGGCCUGCAGGUGUCACCCUCUGAGCUCGAGGAUGUCAUUCUACAACACCCUGAGGUAGUGGAUGUGGUCGAGUUCCUGGAGCCAAGGGUCGCGCCGCACAAGAGGCUGGCUGGAGGAGUUUUCUUCGUGGACGAGCUGCCCAGGUCUGCGGCGGGGAAGCUUCUCAGAAAGGAACUCAAGAAGCUCAGAUAAGGCCCCUUGAAGCAGAAUUGGUUUCUUUGUAAAGUUCUUACGUUUUAUUGUCAGGAUUAUUCACUAAUGUUAAUUCCGAUGCCGCUAUUCUUCUUAUAUUUCUGUAUACUUUGUAUUACCUCGAAUGUUGAUAUACUGAAGUUUUAUUGUUGUCUUUUGCACUUUUUAUUAAUUAAGUUUAUACAAGAAUAUUUUCGUUAUCGUGA